ACCAUGCGUGACUCCCUGGAUACACCAUUAAUAACAUUUUAGACAAGUUUACUUUAGGUUAUCACAAAGAGAAAGUCAAUCAGAUAUACAUCUGCCAUCAUUACAAGGCAUUUAGGCCUAUAUUAUUGAUAAGUACAUUGGAAUAUCAUAUCAGACGGCAGCUUUAUUGUCAGUUUGAUCAAAUUAAUGUCCUUGGUGUCCCUGGCGGUUUAUUUGUAGUGUGAGGAAGUCCUACUCUCUGGGGACCGCAAAAAACACCACGGAUUAAGCCAGGAUUUAACGGAAUAUUGACAAAAUGACCCAUGAUGAUGAUAUUGAGCUACUGAAAAAGGCAUUUCCAGCCUUUACGUGCAUAUGCGAGCUGUGCGAUUGCGGUCGCCACAAGCAUCACAAAGACUGCAAAAGAAAUGUCCCCAAAACACAAGCUCUCCGAGAGAAACCUCUCACUGACUACCAGGCUACAUUCAAGGCGGUGCAAGACCCCAGGCCACGGUCCAAUAAGAGGCCUCCACAAACACCACGUGAUCCACAUCCCCCAAACAUGAUCCUAAAGACCAAUCAGAGGGAGGAGUUUCAACCGUAUGACGUGGUAAAGGACGGGAGGCCGCCAGCAUUUGUACAGGACACAACCUACGUUCCAGGGAACCAACCUUUUGAUGGCAUGACAUAUUACAAACAGACCUACACGCCAAAACCAUUGGAAAAUUUAGUAUCACAGAGAAUGCCCCCAGGGAAGGCACGAAAUCCAGGUCAAUUCGAUAGCAGAACGACCUAUAAGGAGUUUCAUAAACAGUGGGUGCCGCAAGUCACAAAGUCAUAUGGAGAGAUGCCUGUUUUUACCGGUUCGAUUUUGUACCCGGAUAGGACCACGCGAGAUGACAUGAAGACAGUCAUGAGAGACUCCUACCCUGGAGCAGUUGCCAAAAAGCAGGAACCCGCUAAGAUUCCACAGGGGAAUAUUCUAAUCGAAGGUGACCAAGACCACCACACGGUACACCGGGACACCUAUAAGAACAUCAGAGGAGACCACAGGGUCAAGACCAUCACCUAUGACCCUGAACCAACCAUACAGAGAGGGAACUUCUUCGGCGAGACACAGCAAAUGCGCGACUUCCCCCCUUACAAAAACGGCCGGCGACAGCCGAGACCCCCGAAUAUGGUCGAGCCAGCGCCUGAGACGAUAAAUUUGAAAUUCAAUAACAACACAUCUUUUGACACGGAACAGCGACACGAAUUCAAAGGUAUUGACACGAACCGAUACCCAGCACCAAAGACAAUGAAACAAGGAACCACGACCUAUGAACCACCAACGGAGAAGUUUGCAACUAUGACUGUACAAAAAACUGAUUACGUCCCGAAAGAUCUCGGCGAAGCUAACGCGCCAAAGGCACGGAUGCCACGAAGGAAGGAGACUGACAAGGGGAAGUUCGACGGCCAUACGACCAACAAAGAACACUACAAGAACUGGAAGCCAAAUCCUAGGAUCAAGCACGGAGAUUUCUACGAGGCCGUGACCAACAACUACGUUCCGCCACGGAUCCCCUUUGUAGCACAAUCCACCACCAGAGCCACCUUUACGCCCAAAGAUGGCCGCCGUCCGGCGGAUUUCAAACCAGAGCAGGUGCCUUUCGACACGCAAGGCAAGCACGAUUUCAGAACCGUGAAUAAGUUAACAUACAAGGGUCAGAAACCGCAGAUGUGCCAAGUUGAUGCGUAUUUAUUGCAACAGAAGUUAAUACAUGAGCAAAAUAGGGGACCAGUUGCGGUAGGAAAGGCAUAGAUGGAGCGGCGUUUGAAUUUUAGCAGCUUUCAUGAUGCGAAAGCAACCAAUACAAUGAAUUCGAUUGGGUAACAGCGACGCUUUUAUCCACAACGACCGUGCUAGAUAUUACGGCAUUAACAAAAUGGUGUUUAAUCUAGCUUAGAAAGCCGUCUUGAUCUAUUGACAUGACAGAAUCAUUGCUAAUUUAUGACAGGAAUUUCAAAGGAGAGUAUCAUCUUUGUAUUCUUAUCUUUAAGGCACCACAUAUCGUACUUUUCAAGUACUUUUCAGGGUUUCGUUAGUUGAUCUCCAAAGCCAACGUCCUAUCAAAAAUGGCUUAUUUCAUAUAACUUAAGUCCGUGCUUAACUUAACUGCUGAUAAAAUCUUAGCAGUAUUGAUCAUGGUGUGUGUAAAAAAAACAACUAUUUUCGAGGGUGCUAUUAUAGUGGUUUCAAUUUUAGAUCCGUCCAUUCCAAGCAAACUGUGAUAAAUGAAUGUAAAUAGAGUCUUUCACUUACACGUAACUUCAAAAUAUAUAGGCCUAAAAUUUUCAGAAGGAGAACAUUGUAACAGAAAAAUGUUUGAAUGCACUUUUUAUUAAAAAGGUUUUUGUUCAUCAUCGGCCACAUUAUGCAAUGCUAAAUCUUUAACUUAUCUGUGAUAUAAAUACUGGGCUUGUGGUUUUGGGAACAAAGUUACAUGUUUUUUGUUUCGUAUAGACUUCAUAGAUGGCAUGAGGAGAAAUUAUGUCUAAUUUCAGUUGGUAGACGCCAAAUCAUUUCAGUUGCGGAUCCGUCUAUUUGGGAAUUUUGGCGUUAGGUGGCUCUUUGGUGACAUCAAUCUGCCUAAACAAACUCGGCGACCACGUAGCAAUGGGAGGAAAAGACUAACAUACUCUGUUAAUGUAUAAUAUCUUAAUGUAAAUAUUUUGUGAAUAAAAGAUA